UCAGUUUUGGAGAAGUGAAAAUAGAAAGUAAAAACAUAGAUCGGAUGGCUGCUCCCACUGUAAAAAAAAACAGCUGAGAACAAGUAAUAAGGAUACAUAUUUUAAUAGCACAGAAGUGGUCAUCUGGAAGGAAACGAGCUGUACGUAGGUUUCUCCUUGCUCAGCAGACUGGGAAUUUCUCAGACGCAUCAUUUCUGUUACUGAAAAGAAAAAAUGCAGAAGAAGGAUGAAUGACCCCACCCCACCAUCCAGAGAAAACUCCACCCCUUCUCGUGUCAGCUCUGUAAAGCCGGUCCAUUCCUGGAAGGUGGCGUCAGAUAUCUACUGAAGGACAGAACUCCUGAAUGACUACCUGAGUGAGGGAAAACUCAAGCAUCUGCUCAACUUAAACCACAGUGAUAAAGCUUGAUGCUUAGUCUACUAACUUUAACAUUUCAUUGUGUCUUCUGAAUAUUCUGAAGCUGUUUGCCUUGUUGGAAGAUUUAAACCUGCUUACAGGAAGUGUAGUGUAAUUUUAAUAUCCAACAUGGAAGUAGACACCGAUGUCACUGCUCAAGUGCAACAUUUUCUGGUGGGCAAAGAGGAACGAUUUACUGCCUUAGAAAUAGCAAAAGGUAUUGGUCUUAGCACAGCCAAAGAAGUGAACCCAGUACUCUACAAACUAGAGAAACGAGGUGAGCUUGUGCGAAUGAAUGAAAAAGGACGUCCUCUGUGGUGUCUUUCUAGUCAAUAUCUGGAAAGUCCAGAAAUCAAGCUACAAGAGCAAGCAGUUAUGUCUAUUGAUGAACCUUUUCUAAAGCUUUCUAACAAUGAUAAUGCUGAAGCUGUGCAAAUCCUAGCAUUAUUUGAAAAUCUGAAGCAAGGAGAAAAGCUGGACUCUUGCACAAUAGCCAGCAGACUAACACUUGAGAGAAAAACGGUCAACAAGCACUUGUACCAACUACAGAGAGAGGGAAGAGUGAGACAAUGUGAAGGGAGUAGGUGGGCCCAAGUUUCAGGGACAACGCAGCAAGAUGCUGCAGUGGAACUUAAAGCAGAAUCCCUCAAACAAGAAGACAUAUCCAUGACAGAAGAGAACAUACUCCUCAGUGCCCAUCAGGCAUGUGAGGAACAGUCAUCUUCAAGCAGUCUUCACCAAAACUGUGAAUCUGACAGAGCCCUGAUUGAAAGAGGUACAAAUUUAAGUGAAGAGCGUAAAGAAUUGCAGAAGAAGAUGAAAGAAGAAAGUGCUGGAAGUCUUGAAAGCAUCCAGCAAAUUUUAGAAAAUCUGAACACUGGAGAAUCUGUGCCAGCGUCCUACAUAAGGAAAGAACUAAACCUUCCCAUGAAAGAUGUAAAUCGGCAUCUUUACCAGCUAUUGAAAGAAAAUAAAGUGGGAAAAGAUGGAACAUUACCACCGCGAUGGUUCCUGUUACGAAACAAGGAGCCAGGUUACACCGGAGACUAACGCUAAAGAGAAGAGUCAAAGACCAAAGUCAGGCUGAGCAAAAAGUCAUUUCGUUACCAGAAUCAGCAAGAUAAACCAAUAGGCAUAGCCUGUAUUACUGGACUGGACCAAAAAGGUUAAGACAACAGUAUUUUUUCAGUUGAAAAUGACUGUGAUGAUGAAAUUAGCCAUUCAAGGUAGUAUUGAUGACAGAAAUCAACUAUUUUAUUGAUGUGAGGUUGACCAGCAUGAGAAAAAUGUAACUCUGUAAUUCUGUCACAUUCGUUAAACUAAGUGCAUAAAAUAAUUGUUAAGAUUUACCCUCUUAUUUUACACUAUGCAUUGUAAGUUGAAGAAAGCUGACAAUUGUGGGUGAAAAAAUCAUCUUAUCAUUGAGUAAAAUCAGAACCUAUGCUAUGAUUUUAGUAAACUGCUGGGCCAGCAUGAUUAUGAUAUAUAAUAUACUAACUCCCAUUCACAUUACAUGUUCCAAAAAAGUAAUCAACUAAGUUACUUUCUAGUAAAAUGUUAUGUCAAUAACUGCAGUGGCUGGUUAGGACUUCAUUUUUAAUAUUUCUAUUUCAAUUUAACUUUGUAAUUUUCCCCUGCUCCCUUGUUCUCUUUUUGUUUACGUUUUUUUUUUUUUUUUUGCAUUGUUUGUAAUUUUGCCUUUGUCCUUUUUCCUGUAAUUAUGUAAUUUCAUGUGUAAACUAAGCAUCUUAUAUAGCCCACCUGAGGCAUUAGCCCACUGUACCUAUUGUCAUUGUUUGGCCCUUUGUGUGCACCCAUAUUAGUAUAAAUUUGUACUGUUCUUUUGA